UCCCAGCGAUGGAGAAAGGGAACCAGACCAGCGUCUCCGAGUUCCUUCUCCUGGGCUUCCGGAGCUGGCCGGGGCCGCAGGCCCUCCUCCUGGUGCUCUUCCUGGGUCUCUACUCUGCAGGGCUCUUGGGAAACGUGGUCAUCUUGCUGGCCAUCGGCUCCGACCGCCGCCUGCACACGCCCAGGUACUUCUUCCUCGCCAACCUGUCCUUCGUGGACCUCUGCCUUCCCUCGGCGACAGUCCCCAAGUUGCUCCUGAACCUGCAGACCCAGACGCACGCCAUCUCCUACGCCGGCUGCUUGGCUCAGACGUACUUCUGCGUGAUGUUCGCCAACAUGGACAACUUCCUCCUCACCGUGAUGGCAUACGACCGCUACGUGGCCAUCUGCCACCCUCUGCAUUACGCGGCCGUCAUGCCCGGGAGCCGCUCUGUCUCCCUGGUGGCUGUGCCGUGGGCCGUUGCCACCCUGAACCCUCUCCUGCACACCCUCAUGAUGACCCGCCUGCACUUCUGCUCCAACAACACCGUCCGCCACUUCUUCUGUGACAUCAGUGCCCUGCUCCGCCUCUCCUGCUCCGACACCAGCCUCAACCAGCUGCUGGUCCUGGCGGUGGUGGGGCUGAUCUUUGCGGCCCCCUCGGCGUGCAUCCUGGCAUCCUACGCCUGCAUCUUCUUCACUGUGAUGAAAAUCCCUUCCGCCCAAGGAAAGCGCAAGACUUUCUCCACCUGCGGCUCUCACCUGGCCUUGGUCCUUCUCUUCUAUGGGGCCAUCACCGGGGUCUACCUGAGCCCCUCCUCCACCCACUCGGCCGCACAAGACUCGACUGCGUCGGUGGUGUUCAUGGUGGUGGCCCCUGUGCUGAAUCCCUUCAUUUACAGCCUGAGGAACGAGGAGCUGAAAGGGGCUUUAAAGAAGAUGCUAGGCCGCAGCACGACCUCCCAGUGAGCCACACCAGCAGGCCGCCGCACACGGAGGACAGUCUAGUCAGACCGCCUUUCGUUCUCACCCGGACUGUGAAGUCGUUGGCAACAAUUCCAUUUCUGAUGGAUCUGCAGCCCAGGAGUGGUCCCUAAGUUAUCGACGUGGACGAAUGUUUGAGUACGACACCCCUCAAAGCCAGGACGGAAACAUGAACCCCCAGUCUGAACGCACAUCAGGGCCUCGCACCCGACCCCACCUACAAGAGACCGUCUCCUCUCAGAGUGGGCAACCAAGCUGAGGCAUGGAAACUCCCGGAGAACAAAGCACCACCCAACGGAAGGGUCCAGCUGUAACUGCAAUGUUAUGUCAAAGGGAGAAGAUCGGGGCCAGCAGGCAACGUGGUUAUUAGGGAACCAGACUCCCACAUGGCC